UCCUAUGAGGGUGAAAGACAGGAGGAGGAGUGGGAGUGAGUGAGUGAGUGAGAGAAGCGUCUGGCAGCCAUCCCAGUCAAACAGUAAUGCAGAGUAAAGGGGGAGAUAGCAGUCUUUUCACUGAGCCUCAGCACAGGAUACAGCACUGCGGCCCGGGAGCCCUCCCUUUGUGAGCCAGUGGGCGUGUGAUCUCACCGCUGAGAGGAGGGGCCCCCUUUCCCCUGUCUGGCCAAUCCUUGAGCUCGGUGACUAGGUCACGUGAGAAUCCCUCUUUCGGGUUGCCAUGACAAUGUGCACUGGUCCAGACAGCAUCUUACUGUGGUGAGAAGGGAAGAGAAGAGGAGGGAGGAUAGACAGAGGGCGGGAGAGCAAGAGAACAAACCCCAGACACCUAUGCUGCACACCUUUCCUCCAAUGAGGAUGCCUGAGACGAGGAGAUAAAGACUUUACCGGAGCAGAGUGUGUGCUAGAGCCAGGGGCUGGGGCCUGACCAGAGACCCCCAGAGGCCCCCAACUGGGGGGGAGGUCCAUGGGGACCAUGGGGGACCUGGGAGGCUUCACCACCACAGGGGAGAGGGUGAACCCGGCCCACAUCCUGUUUGACCGCUUCGUCCAGGCCUCCACUUGCAAGGUCACGCUCAAGGCCUUCCAGGAGCUCUGUGACCAUCUGGAGCUCAAGCCCUGUGAGUACCGGGUCUUCUACCACAAGCUUAAGUCCCGUCUCAACUACUGGAAGGCCAAGGCACUCUGGGCUAAGCUUGACAAGCGGGCCGGCCAGAAGGAGUACAAGAAAGGACGUGCAUGUACCAACUCUAAGUGUUUGAUCAUCGGGGCAGGACCAUGUGGCCUGCGGACGGCCAUCGAGCUGGGCUUCCUGGGCGCCAAGGUGGUGCUGCUGGAGAAGAGGGAUGCCUUCUCCAGGAACAACGUGCUGCACCUGUGGCCCUUCACCAUCCAGGACCUCCGAGGCCUCGGGGCCAAAAAGUUCUAUGGAAAGUUCUGCGCCGGAGCCAUCGACCAUAUCAGUAUCCGGCAGCUCCAGCUGAUGCUGCUGAAGGUGGCCCUGCUCCUGGGCAUCGAGAUCCACGUCAAUGCGGAGUUCAAGGGUCUCAUCGAGCCCCCCGAGGACCAGGAGAACGAGAGGAUAGGAUGGAGGGCUGAGGUCCUCCCCAGGACACACCCAGUCAACGAGUUGGAGUUUGAUGUCAUCAUUGGGGCAGAUGGGAGGAGAAACACGCUGGCAGGGUUCAGGAGGAAGGAGUUCCGGGGCAAGCUGGCCAUUGCCAUUACAGCCAACUUCAUCAACAGGAACACCACAGCCGAGGCCAAGGUGGAGGAGAUCAGCGGAGUGGCCUUCAUCUUCAAUCAGAAGUUUUUCCAGGACCUCCGCGAAGCCACGGGAAUUGACCUGGAAAACAUUGUCUACUACAAGGAUGACACGCACUACUUUGUCAUGACUGCCAAGAAACAGAGCCUGCUGGAGAAGGGAGUCAUUCUGCAUGAUUAUGCGGACACAGAGAUGCUGCUUUCCAGGGCUAACGUGGACCAGGCAGCUCUGCUAUCUUACGCCCGCGAGGCCGCAGACUUCUCCACCAACCACCAGCUGCCCACGCUGGACUUUGCCAUCAACCACUAUGGCCAGCCCGACGUGGCCAUGUUCGACUUCACCUGCAUGUACGCCUCCGAGAACGCGGCGCUGGUACGCCAACGCAACGGGCGCCAGCUACUGGUGUCUCUGGUGGGGGACAGUCUACUGGAGCCCUUCUGGCCCAUGGGCACUGGUAUAGCCCGGGGUUUCCUGGCAGCCAUGGACUCCGGCUGGAUGGUGAAGAGCUGGGCCCAGGGGAACACAUCUCUGGACGUGCUGGCUGAGAGGGAGAGCAUAUAUCGCUUGCUGCCUCAGACAACGCCAGAGAACAUCAAUAAGAAUUUCAGUCACUACAGUGUGGACCCCACCACGCGCUACCCUAAUAUUAGCCUCCACUUCCUCAGGCCCAACCAGGUACGACACCUCAUAGACACAGGGGAUUCAAGUAGGGAAAUGCUUAUCGAAAUGGAGAAUGUAGUCAACUCGUCAACACCCAAGCUCACCCGAAAUGAAUCCAUAGCUCGCUCCAGCAAGCUGCUAAACUGGUGUCAGAGGCAGACGGAGGGCUACAGAAAAGUCAGUGUGACUGAUCUCACCAUGUCCUGGAAGAGUGGCAUGGCCCUGUGUGCCCUCAUCCACCGCUACAGACCUGACCUCAUUGACUUUGACUCCCUGGAUGAGCGGGACCAGCAGAAGAACAAUCAGCUGGGCUUUGAUGUGGCCGAGAGGGAGUUUGGCAUCUCACCUUGCAUGACGGGCAAGGAGAUGUCCCAGGUGGCGGAGCCUGACAAGCUCUCCAUGGUCAUGUACCUCAGCCAGUUCUACGAGAUGUUCAAGGACACAGUGCCCCCUGGGGCCGGAGGGGACCAGAACAUGAGCCCUGAGGAGAAGGCUGCGUUGAUCAACAGUACAAAGUCCCCCAUCUCCUUCCUCAGCAAGUUGGGCCAGAGCAUCGCUAUCUCACGGAAGCGUAACCCCAAGGACAAAAAGGAGAAGGAGGUGGAUGGUUUGGGGAAGAGGAGGAAGACCAGUCAGGCUGACCACUCUGAAGACGAAGAGGUUUUGAGGGGUAACUGUGACGACAGGCCAUCUAACAGUGCUGCUCUGACAGAAAGGAAGAUGAAGGAAGAGUCAGCAGCUCUAGGGAACCACAACAAAGUCAAGUCCAUGGCCACCCAGCUCCUCGCCAAGUUUGAGGAGAACGCCCCCGCCGAAUCCAAGGGCCUCAAAAGACAGGGGGAUUCUCUGCCCAGUUUGGGUGUCGUCCUGGCGCAGCCCCCUCCCCCUGCCUCCCUGGGCCCCACCAGGGAGCCUGUCCGCCUAGCUCCGGUCCCUGCAUGGAGACAGAAACGCACCCAGCAGCAGGAGCAGCUCAGCUUCCGCUAUAAGGAGACGGUCAAGUGUCAGACCCUACCUAUCAGAGGGGAGCAGCCAAGAAGCGGUACAGAGUGGUGUUCGGGCUCACGGAGCUGCCCUAAGAAAACCAUUCUGCUUUCCUCCACCUCCUCGCUCUCUCUUCACUCACAGCACUGUGAUAGAGACGGUUUGGAGGAGGAAGGGACCACACAGGACCAGACACCUCAGGCUCACCGGAAAUGGGAAUCCGUGCAGCUUGAGGAACCAGAGCCUAUUCACAUCCCUAGCAUCCAGGAGAGGUCUGCGUGGCUAGUCGCUAAGUUUAAGGGUAAACCCGAGAAACUAAAGCUGAAGAAAAAGCCCUCGCGUUUCUUUAUAGAACAGUGGCACCUGUCAGCCAGAACCCUCAGCCAGAACACGCAAAGCCUCCUCUCCCCCCCUGAAGCUCUUGGUCAGAGCUAUUUAAAGAUGUACACAGGGGAAGUGAGCUUAUUGGCUGAGCAGAUAGCCAAUCAGCUUCAGCCUCAAGAGGAACCUAAGCCCUUACUUGACAAGAGGGAGUUGAGUUCCCUGAGGAAGGAGUUCCCCCAGAACAUCGGGGGCAGUGACGUGUGCUUCUUCUGCCGGAAGCGUGUGUACGUGAUGGAGCGGCUGAGUGCCGAGGGCAAGUUCUUCCACCGCAGCUGCUUCAAGUGUGACUACUGCGGCACCACACUACGACUUUCGUCCUACGCCUUCGAUGUGGAGGACGGAAAGUUUUACUGCAAGCCCCACUACUGUUACCGCUCGUCUGGUCAGGCUCAGAGGAAGAGGCCGGCACCGACCCCUGCUCUGCUCAAUGCUAAGGACAACCAGGCUUCCUUGCCCGCGGCGGUCACUGUGGACUCCCCCGGGAGGGGGGCGAUGGCAUCCCCUUCCCCCACCGAGCGCCGGUCCUCAGUCCCGGAGGUGAACGGGCUGCAGGAGCCCAGCCUGGCUAAGCGUCUGCGGGGCACGCCGGAGCGCAUCGAGCUGGAGAACUACCGUCUGUCUCUGCAGCGGGAGGAGGACCUAGAGGAGGUGCCAGAGGAGACGCUGGCCGAACACAACCUAAGCAGUGUGUUGGACAAGGACGCGCACGCAGACCUGGGCUCCAGCAGCUCUGAGUCUGACAUGGAGGAAGAGGACCAGGAUGAAGAGGAGCAACAUGAGGAGGAGCAGCAGGAGCCCCCCAGCCCCUCAGACCUGGGAGGAGUACCCUGGAAGGAGGCUGUGGAGCUCCAUGCCAAGCUGAAGACUGACAGCGACCCAGGGGCUGAGGGAGAGGACGGUGAGGGAGAGGACGAGACACAUGGUCACAUUGCUAGGGAUCUAGAAGUGGAGGAGGAGGAAGAUGACGAAGAAGAGGAGGACGAUGAGGCGGAAUCGACUGAUGAGGGGGAGUACUGCCCGUGGGAGCAGGAGCUCCAGUCAGGCAUAUGGCUGGAGAAUCUCCAAGACGAAGAGGAUACCUGUAGAUUUAAAGCCAGAAACCUGCAGAUCCAGCAGGUGCUGCAGCCUGUGGAUCCAACGGGCAUUAAGAAUCUCAGACGAGUCUCCACACUGUCAGAGGGGGACAAGGAGGAGCCUCCUGCCUCGGCCUCCCAGCCAUCCACCACGCUCACCCAGUCCCCCUCCACAGCCUCCGCCCACACAUCCACUCGUCAUGAGGCUGUGCGAGUCUGGUUGGAGUCGGUGUCCGGAGAGCCCUGUGAGGAUGAUGACCCGGAAGCAGAAGUGGGAAGCCAUGAUUUUGAGCCAGGCACCGAGAUGGACCAGGAGGACAUUCCCUCUGACGCGGAGGCGGAGGCUCGUCUGCACCAGUCAGAGCUCAGUGAUGCGCUUCCUGAAGAGGACAAGAAGUCGCAGAGUCAGGGGAUCACCUAUAGCAUUGAACAACCUAGUGUCAGUCCGGUGAAGUUAGUUGCGGAAGUUGUGCUCUCGCCAGUCAAACCACCGACUCCACAGCCUGAUUUACAGAUGUCUCACACGUCUCCUUCCUACCUGGUCAAAUCACCUGGAAUGCGCUUUUUCCCAGAUCCCUUGGCAUCGGAGAACGUCACAAUACCCCAGAGGACAGUUCAGACUCCCAAUGCCAAGAGCCCCCAAUACGCUACCCAUGCCCUGUCCCCAAUUUACUCCCCUGUUCAAUCCCCUAUUCGCUCCCAGCCUAUCCCACUGCCUGAGACGGUCACCCAAAAAUCCCCUGUCAACUCUCCACCCUGCUCCUGCCCCCCGACAGGGAACCCGCUGUCUCCCAUCUGUGCCCAGCCACUGCCCUGCCACGAGCCCUCCUCACCCCUCACCUCGGACUCCCCUGUCAGAACUCAGCCUGUCCCUGCCAUCACCUCCACUCCGCUAGCCAAACCAGCCUCCUCUGACAGGACUACCCCCGAGCCUCAAAAAUCUCUGGACUUCACAGACGAAACCCCGGUGAAGAAGACGGACAUCAUCGAGGAGUUCUGGCUGAAGAGUGCCGAGAUCAGGAAGAGUCUGGGUCUCACCCCACUGGACCGUAGCAGCAGCAGCAAAGCCCCAGAGAAGUGUCAUGUUACUGUGGGUAAGGUGCCCACUCCGGACUCUCCCUCGACCAAGUCCUAUACCCCAGAGGAUCUCUCAGAGGAACUUAGGCCUUCCCCUUCUCCCUUCACCGGUCGCUCGGUCAUUCGCAGGCUGAACAUUACGGUGGAGGGCCAGGUCAUCUCCCCUGUGGAACCCAAGAGCAUUGGCUCAGAACGGAGGGACCUCAGCAGCAGCUCCGGCCUAGGCCUCAAUGGCAGCAUGGCCACCAACCAGACCAGCCAGGCGGCCAGUGACAGCUACCACACUUCCGACUCCACCAUGCUCACCCCACCAUCCAGCCCCCCGCCGCCCCCGCCCAACGAGGAGCCAGCUACUCUCAAGCAGCAGCAGAAGCACCAGGUGUCCUGGGACAAUGGGAUCGAUGGCCCCACUACACCUGAGCCAGCCAAGAAGCCAGCCAAGGUGGCACCCACCAAGACCAACAGCCCUGUGCCUGCACCAAGGACCCAACUCAGCCCUGUUUCUAUGCCAGUAUCUGCGCCCAAGCCUGCCCCCAGGACUACACCGGUCACCUCGCCAGUCACCUCGCCGGUCACAGCUCCGGUCACUCCGUUGGUGGUCAUGAGACGGGAGAAGAGCAGCAAACCACGUCGGGAGGAGGUGAGGAAGUCAUUUGUGGAGUGUGUGGCUGAGAUCCCGUUUGCGGACGAUGUGGAGGACACGUACGACGAGCGGACGCCGGACACAACCAUGGACAGGUUCUACACUCCGCCCAGCAGCAAGCCCAACAGGGAGAGGGAGAAGCGUCCCCUGCACCUGGCCCUGGCCAUGGAAAACGGAAAGCCCAUUUUUCCUGUGAACCAUCAGGCCUCGAAGAGCCAGAAGGCCCAGCAGUUCUCCCCUGAGGCCAAGGAAAUAGCAGAGGAACGGAUGAGAGCCAGAGAGAAGUCCAUCAAGAGCCAAGCUCUGAAGGAAGCCAUGGCCAAGCAGCUCAACAAGAUGAAAGAGACGGACACUGCCAAGGGCGCCGCCGCCUCGGCUAAAGUGGUGUGGAACGUGGCCUCAGAGACUUCCGGGAAAAGUACUAAGAAGUCAUCCGGUUCUCCAAAGACGUAUGCAGUGAAAUCUCUUGAGUCAAAGAAGGCUGAGACUCUAUCAGAGCGUUUCUUUAGCAGUCAGGGUAACAAGAGUCUGGACAGCUCGACCGUCUCCUCCGACGGCUCCGCCUCGGGGGGCAAGAGCAAGAAGCGCGGCUCGCUUUUCUCACCUCGCAAGAACAAGAAGGAGAAGAAAGCCAAGAAUGAAAGCCAGCUGUCAGUCAAGCACGGCACAGACGAGACGCCGUCGCCGCCCAAACACAAGUCCCUGUGGAAGGCUGUGUUCUCGGGGUACAAGAAAGACAAGAAGAAGAAUAAGGACGACAAGUCAUGUCCCAGCACGCCAUCCAGCUCCAACACCAACGACUCUGGGAAGAAGCGAUUGUCACCUCUCGGCAGGUCGUCAGAUUUGAAGUCGCGCAGAAACCUGAGCUUCUCUGAGGACUCGGAUCUGUCAUGUGAUGAUGUGCUGGAGAGGUCUUCUCAGAAGUCUAGGACAGACUCUGUUUAUGUCCCUCACGCAUUGGCGUUCAAGAGAGCGUACGCCACCAAGAAAACCUACACAGAGGAGGAGCUCAAUGCCAAGCUGACACGUAGGGUACAGAAAGCUGCCCGGCGACAGGCCAAGCAGGAGGAGCUGAAGAGACUGCACAGAGCCCAGACCAUCCAGAGGCAGCUGGAGCAGGUGGAGGAGAAACAGAGACAGCUGGAGGAGAGGGGUGUGGCUGUGGAGAAAGCCCUGCGAGGGGAAGCAGGAUUGUAUAAAGGGACUUAUUGUACUAUACCAAAACAACACAAAAGACGAUCAGACUAUUGGGGAGAGUCUAAUUACAGUGAAAUCCUGGACUUGCAUCUGGGCGGGAUGGGGAAAAAGGACGACCCCAAGCUCAUGCAGGAGUGGUUCAAACUGGUGCAGGAGAAAAACGCCCUGGUGCGAUACGAAUCUGAGCUUAUGAUAUUUGCACGAGAACUGGAGCUGGAGGAUCGUCAGAGUCGACUGCAGCAGGACCUGAGGGAGCGCAUGGCAAUUGAAGACCACCUGAAGACGGAGGUGGAGCUGGCGCAGGAGAAGCACAUCCUGAAUGAGAUGCUGGAGGUGGUGGAGCAGAGAGACUCCCUGGUAGCCCUCCUGGAGGAGCAGAGGCUCAGGGAGAAGGAGGAGGAUAAGGACCUGGAGUCUGUCAUGCUCUCGAAGGGUUUCAACCUCAACUGGGCCUGACACUAGAGGCACCAUCCACCCCCACUCAGAUAAUACACUACCCCUCCCCUGUGUCAGGGCUCAGUGAAGACCUAAAUCACGGUUCCAUGCGUACAGAGCGGAGUUGUCCUGUCACGGCCCUUCUGUUGGCGAAUGUGCGCAGAGUUGUCCUAUCACGGCUCCGCUGUUGGAGCAGUCUAAAAUGUUUACAUAUCUACUCUGCCACCAGGCAGGCAUCAUUACCUAGUGGUAUCUCACCUCACGGUGGGAGGAGCAACUACAGCCUGGACUUUCUCAAAACCUCAGAAGGUCUUUUGACGUGAUUCUCCAGAACGGGGAACUUACCUCCUCUAGGAAGAAUGUUUUUUAUUUUUUAUUUCUUUUAAUCUCGAUCACACAAAGGGAAGAAAGAGGUUUGGUCCUGCUGAUGUAAAGGAAUUCAAUAUAUGACACCGGUUUCUGUAUAUUGAAUGUGCAUAACACAACACAUUAAAGAAGCUGUGGUUUUAUCUAAGCUGUGCCCUUUAUCUAUCGAUUAUUAGAGUUUCUGUAGAAAGGGGAGGAGUGGACCGAAGCCUCUGGUCUCUCUCAUCCUAACCUCAUGACAUCCUCUGCCAUUGUGAAUGCUGACUGAGGGAGGGACAUCCUCUGCAUAAGCUGGCUUUCUCUCCAAUUACACAGUGGCUUCCAUGUUCUGAGGAGCCAAUGAGGAUCACACUCUAAAAGGCCCAUCAUUUUUUUGCACAGAGAUUCACACUAAGAGUCAACGUUAAGGAUCAUUGAAAUCUGGUCACUUAGUUGUUUUCAAUUGUGUAUUUAUUAGCGUUGUUUUACAAAGAACCUGAAUUAACUGUUUUUGCUAUUUUCGUUCAUGGAAGAGAGUGCCUGAACUGGUGGCUCAACAGAAUGCACUUGUGCUCUCUUUAUGACAUUGACAGCAAGGAAACUAACGGAAAACUCCAUCACCCAGAAGCCAGUGCGUGUCAGGACUGUAUGCUGCUGCAGACUCAUAUAGAAACAUAUCAUGUGUUAAAGUGCACGUUUUGUCAUUGCAGCCGACUUUAAAGGCGAGUCAGGACUGACUGAUCUACAAAUCACCUUGCAUCAUAAAUAACUACUCAAUAUUAUUUGUAGCUCAGUCAGUCACCAUUUACCCAUGAUACAUCACGGUUUUGAUGCUCUAACCUGUAGCACAGAUGAAUUGACACAUGCACACUUCAGCAAGCAACCCACUUGACACAUCUCUUAGGCUCCUAGUUCUGAGUGACAAUGUGUCCUUCUCCAUACGAUGCCUUUCCCUGUAUAUCACAUAAAAAUGUCAAUUUAUAUAAUCAGUUGCCCUUAUUCAAUACUAAUUGGCAUAUACUGUACUGUGAAAUAUCCUCAGUGUAGAUGAAAUGUUAAAAAGAGAAAGCAGUCGAGUUAGUUUGAUCUCAGAAGAGGCCGUGUCUUAUUGGACUUGCACAGUAUAUCGUGUUAUCAUCAUAAUACCAGAAGUGAACUGACACGUCACUAACUGGUGUCACAGUACAGUUGUGUCAGUGAAUAUUUUGCAAUAUCAAAGGGGAUAAACCACAGAACUCAAACACAGCCUCUGGCUUCGCUAUCCCCGGGGCUGAGGUAUAUGACCUGCUUUGGAGCAAAAUGCCUUUUUCAUUUGUUUUAAUAUUUUACAGUUUUCUUUUGAGUUUCAAACUUGUAUGUAUCCCGCCAGGGUACAUUUGACAUUUUUUGUUAAUCCUUUUUAUACAACUACAGGUCGCCAAACAGCAGUCAUGAGUAGAAGUGGAGACACGAGGCUGCUCUACUGCUCGAAGUAAACCGCUUCUAUUCAGUCACAGGAGCAUGUACAUUUGUUUGUCAUACGAACCUACUGGCCUUUCUGCCAAACUGUAAACCUUUGGUUGGUCACCGUUUUUGUUGUUGUUGCUGUAUAGAGUUACACACCGUGAGAAUAUGUGUAAGAAUUCAACGGAGCUGUGAAUAGAUUUUAAAAAGUUACAUUUCAAGGCUUGGUGUUUUAGAUGGUGUGUGAUACGUUUGACAGAUUGUAUUGAUAUUUAUUAACAUGUGUGCAAAAAUGUAUCAUAUGUAAAAAAUGAAUCCUAAUUUUUAAAACACAUGGCAGAUAUGUAAAUGCUUAUUCAUGUAGCAAAAAUGCAUAGAGUGUUGGAUGUAUGCUGAAACGGCAAUAAAACCAUGCAGUUAUUUA